AUGGCUAGCCAUAUAGACAACCAAGUUCUUUAUGAUUGCAGUACACCAACCCCCACUGGACUGCUUAAGACAGCUAAAAGUGUUGGAUUUCAAUAUCCUACUACAUUAAGAUUAUUCCACAUCGGUUAUGUUCUAGGCGUAAUAUAUGGAUUCUUGUUCUCACUCAUCUUAACAGCGAGAGAAAACUACUACUCAGAUGCUAGUCUAAUCAGUAGCAUCGUACUUGGAGUUAUCAUCUCUGAGACAGGAUUAUUUAUCAGCUUUUUCUGGGGAGUAUAUACUACGAGUUGGACUACUGGUUUAGAUCUUGAAGGUCUUUGUUUACCGGAUCCAAGUUCUCUUGUGCUUUUCAUGACCAUCAUGUUAAGUGCAUUAAGUAUAGUGGUAUCCAGCGUAUAUUUGAAAAACCAACAUUUGUAUACAAGCUGUACGAAUAUCAUGACAUUCACUUUGGUAGUCGCCUUCUUAAUGUUAGUCUGUACGGAAUACACGGAUCGGAUUCUUGUUGGCCUGGCACCUGUUUACUAUGUCGAAUUAUCGCACCCAGAUAACUCCAUACCAGUGAACCGGUUUGUAACUCCGCUUCAUAUCGUACCUGAAUGGUACUUUUUAGCAUAUUAUGCGGUGUUAAAAGUAAUCCCAUCCAAAACCGGUGGUUUGUUAGUAUUUAUGUCCUCUCUCAUUAACUUAGCUCUUUUAUCUGAAAUUCGAGCUUUGAAUACUCGAAUGUUGAUACGACAACAUUUUAUGACUCGAAAUGUAGUCAGUGGAUGGGUAAUUAUUUGGGUAUACAGUAUGAUCUUCUUGAUUAUUAUUGGUAGUGCUAUUCCACAAGCGACUUAUAUCUUAUAUGGUAGAUUAGCUACUAUCGUAUAUCUUACUACCGGAUUGGUUCUAUGCUUAUACUAA